AUGAUCAAGAAUUAUUUUGAUCUCUCUAGCAUUUUAUCCAAUGAGGAGUUAAUCCCAGUCACCUUCACCACACCCUUGUUUGGGCUUGGCAAAGACGUUAACCCCCGUACCGCUGAGGGCGAGACUCAUGACGAGGUGCAAGUCGGAAGUACCGCAACUCUUCCCCUGUGGGCAGCAGUGGCUUUUCGCCAAGUAGGUCAUAUAGUGCCCCAGGUUCCGUCACGUUACACCACAUCGGUAUUUCGCGAAUUUAAAACUGACCCACUUGCUGUGAGUCUUCAUGCUAAAUCACCUUACUAUUAUGAAGCAGGGCUUCUGCUGUGUGCAAUGCUCCCCACGGGCGAUGGCAACCGACUAGCGGGGCAACUCUUUAGACUCUAUCAGUUGCGAUAUCUUAAAAUCAUCCGUGCAGCUGCGAAGAAGGGGUUUGACUUGAGUGAUGUGCGAGAGAAGCUCUGUGAAAGUGAGCGGGACCUUCUGGACGCGUUAAUUCGUGGAAUGGAGGAGGAACGACAAUGGUACCGUAGCGCCUUCUAG